AUGGAGCAAACACCACAACCUAUUCAAGAUGUGAGAACUCUGCUCAACCAAUUUUCUAUGGAAUAUGAGAAUUUAUUAUCUAAGAGAAAUUCUCUCGAAGAAGAAUGCAAGAAGUACAAAGAAUUGAUCAACGAUCAAACUAAGACUAUCAAACAAUUAUACGACGACAUAGAACAAAUAAAGGCAAGCUAUGAAACGCGCAAGACAGAAGUUGUUGUUAAACAGGAGAAACUUGUCGAACCACAACCAGAGCCACAAGAAACGCAGGAAGCUGUAGAAGAGUCCGCCAAUAUUUCAUUACUUGUUGAUGAAGCUACAAUCAGACAUCCUGUCUCCAUUUCUUUGUUCAUUGAAAUUAUGGACGAUUCGGUAAUUGUCAGUACAGCCUUCUCUCCUGAUGGAAAGAACUUGGCUAUAGGUGCUGACAAAGUCCUUAGAAUUUACAACUUCGAUCAGGAUAACUUCAUCCUUGGAGAAAAAGUUGGCGAUCAAGAUACUCAAUCAAGCCACGUGCGAUCAAUUUCUUGGUCCCCAGAUUCAAGAAAGGUCAUCUGCGGUGUUGAAGAUAAGCGCGUUUACAUUUUUAAGAUCGAUCCAACAACUGAAAACGGUUCUUGCUUAGAACACUCCAUUGCUGUUCCAGAUCAGCAUAUCUUCCAAGUUAUGUUUUUGCCAGACGGAAAACGUUUCGCUGUUUCAACAGGCCCAGGAAUUGUCCAAAUUUGGGACGUUAAUACAUAUCAGAUGAUCAACAAAUUCGCCAGACAAACAGACCAAUUUGCUAUCUCAAUGGCAUUAGCUCCAGAUCAAAAAACUCUCGCAGUUGGUUACGCAGACUAUUAUGUUGCCUUCUGGGACAUCGAAGCAGGUAAAUUACUCUUCGACCAGAAGUGCCAUGAUGAGGGCGUCAACAGUAUCCUCUUUACACCUGAUGCAAAACGAUUAAUUACUUCAUCUCUCGAUAAUACAGUUAAAAUAUGGGACAUCAGACCUAAUGGCCUUGAGCUAUGGAAGGUCCUCGACAAACAUACAGACUACGUUUUGACUCUCGCCAUGGAUCCAAAGGGCGAAUGGCUCAUCAGUGGCUCCAGAGAUCUCUCGUGCAUUGUAUCGUAUAUACCUGAAGGAAGAAUGAUCUACAAACUGAAAAACCAUGAAAAUACUGUUAUGGCUGUUUCAUUUAAUCCAAACGGAAGACAAUUCUGUACUGGAUCUGGAGACAAGUACGUCAAGGUAUGGAACUUCAUCACUGACCAAACAGAGUAA